AAAUCAUCAUCAACCAUUAUCCAUCACGUCGAAUCUGCUUCAAAUGCUGAAAAUUCACCAACUUUCACUAAUAAUAUCAAAUCUACCUCGGAUACUGUAAUACUUACCAAUGAUGUAAAUUCUGCUUCAAAUAUUGAGAACAUUGAUUUGAAUGAAUUUAAGAAACUUCAUAACAAUAAACAGUAUCGUAAAGCAUUUAAAUUAAUUAAUGGUUAUGCCAAACUGGAUCCUAAAAUACUAUUUUGGAUGGGAUAUUAUCAUUAUAAAGGAUAUCAUGAAUCAUCACCAUAUAAGCCAGAUAUAAUGACAAGCCUAAAAUACUUAGAAGCAGGAGCAAAAUUAAAUGAUCCCGACGCACAAUACUAUUAUUCUCAUAUAAUAUUUCAUUGUUGUUUAAAUGGCAUAGAGAAUGGAUAUGAAAUUGCUUUAAAACAUUUGAAAAAAGCAUCAGAACAAAAUCAUCCAGCUAGUAUGCUCGAAUUAG